ACUUCGCUCGCUUUGCGGCUGUGAGGCCCAGUCAUGGACGUGUUGGAAGGGCUGUUCGGGAGCGAUGCCGAGUCUGAUAACGAGCAGAAAAGGGACGACUCCGAUUCUGGGUCCGGCUCUGACUCGGAACCAAGGAAUGUUGCCUCGGUUAGUAACCCUUCUGGAAGUGACAGUGAGCGGGAUGAUGAUGAUGGGCAUUCCGCAGUGAAGCCCAGCAAUAAAGAAUUGUUUGGCGAUGACAGCGAGGACGAAGCCGGCUCCCCGCACAGCGGUAGUUACAUUCGUUCAGAAAGAUCAGAUAAUCAAUCUGAAGGUAAUGUUCAUUCCGAUCAAGAGAACGAUCAGUCAGAUGCUGAACAUCAUAGCGGCUCUGAAAAUGAUCGUGAUGAAGACAAUGAUGAAGAUGGAGGGCACAAAUCCGAUCACAGUAGCCGUCACUCAGAUGCAGAAGGCUCAGAAAAAGAAGCUCAUUCUGAGGAUGAAAAGUGGGCCAGGGAGGAUAAAAGUGACCAAUCUGACGAUGAGGAAAAAAUGCAAAACUCGGAUGAUGAGGUCCGACAGCAGUCAGACGAUGAAGAUCACAGGCAGCAUUCAGACGAUGAAGAUCACAGGCAGCAUUCAGACGAUGAAGAUCACAGGCAGCAUUCAGACGAUGAAGAUCACAGGCAGCGGUCAGACGAUGAAGAUCACAGGCAGCGGUCAGACGAUGAAGAUCACAGGCAGCGGUCAGACGAUGAAGAUCACAGGCAGCGAUCAGAUGACGAGCAGCAGCAUUCUGAUGAUGAAGAUCGGGAGCACAGACAGUCAGACGAUGAACAGCGCCAACAUUCAGAUGAUGAAGAAAAUGAGCGACAUCGCUCAGAGUCUGGAAAAGGAAGUGAUAGUGAAGAGGAGAUUGGUCGACAGAGGCAUAAAAAGGCAAUAGCGUCCGACUCUGAUGAGGAUAGCGACGCAGAAAACGGUAAAGAUAUAUAUAAAAAACAUUCUGCUGAUCUUUUUGGUGAUGCGGAUGACAUUUCUUCAAGCAGUGAUGGAGAAAAGCCUCCCACACCUGGACAGCCCAUGGAUGAGGAUGGACUAGAUCAUGACCGGCCAGAGGAAGAUCCUGUUCCUGAAACCAGAAUAGAAGUAGAGAUCCCCAAAGUGAACACAGAUCUCGGGAAUGACUUGUAUUUUGUCAAGCUUCCCAACUUUCUCAGUGUUGAGCCCAGACCCUUUGACCCACAAUAUUAUGAAGAUGAAUUUGAAGAUGAAGAGAUGUUAGAUGAAGAAGGUAGAACUAGGCUGAAAUUAAAGGUUGAAAACACAAUCCGAUGGAGAACACGACGGGAUGAAGAAGGGAUUGAUGUCAGGGAGAGUAAUGCCCGGAUUGUUAAAUGGUCUGAUGGCAGCAUGUCCUUACAUUUGGGAAAUGAAGUUUUUGAUGUAUACAAAGCUCCACUGCAAGGGGACCACAACCAUCUGUUUAUCAGACAAGGAACAGGUUUGCAAGGUCAGGCUGUAUUCAAGACCAAGCUUACAUUCAGGCCUCAUUCAACAGACAGCGCCACUCACAGGAAGAUGACGCUGUCUUUGGCAGACAGGUGCUCUAAGACUCAGAAGAUCAGGAUACUUCCAAUGGCAGGACGUGACCCUGAGUCUCAAAGAAAUGAAAUGAUUAAGAAAGAAGAAGAAAGAUUGAGAGCCUCAAUCCGCAGAGAGUCUCAACAGCGCAGAACCAAGGAAAAGCAGCACCAGCGUGGGCUGAGUGCCAACUAUCUGGAGCCUGAUCGCUAUGAUGAUGAGGAGGAAGGGGACGAGUCUAUAAGCUUGGCAGCCAUUAAGAAUAGAUAUAAGGGAGGAAGAGAGGAGCGAGCUCGCAUCUAUUCAUCAGACAGUGAUGAAGGCUCAGAUGAUGAUAAAGCUCAGAGGUUACUCAAGGCAAAGAAACUCGACAGUGAUGAGGAGGAAGGUGAACCAUCAGUCAAAAGAAAAGCAGAAGAUGAAGAGAAGCCAAAUAAAAAGCAGAAGAAAUAUGUAAUUAGUGAUGAAGAGGAGGAAGAGGAGGAGGAGUCGUGAUAUCUGUAUAUACUUUUUUUUUUUUUAAUCUGUACACUGAACAAUC